GUAGCAGCGCGGCGCGGGGCUCUCGUCCUCCCCGUGGAGCUCCUCUCCGUCCGCUGCUGGCGGAUGCGGAAUUUCUGGACGGAGGGGCGGCCGGUCUCCAGAGGCGGCCAGAAAGGCGGAGGCUCCGUGAGGAGCGUGACCGAACGACAGCUCUGAAAACAGAUAAGACGCUGUGGGAAGUAGAAUGUCGGAAGAUAUUGUAGGAAUUGAAAGAGAAGUGGAAAUUGAAUUAGGCAGAAUCAGUGUUUCCUCGUUUGGAACAGAUGAUCCCGAGCCUGACACGGAGGGAUCAGAGGAAGCCUUGAGUGACAGUGAGCCAGUUUCAGGUGACCUACCAGAAUCAGUUCUUGCCUAUUUGAACUUUAUCAAGAGCAGCAAUCAAGAUGCUGAGAAGUUUAUACUGCAGGACUUAGGGGAUGAGCAAAGCAGAAAUUACAUUUAUGAAGUAGUUUCUUGCCAUCCUUCUGAAUUGAAAGAAGAUACAAAACAAUUUAACGAAAAGAUACCACUUGAAGUUGAAAAUAAAGACUUGCAGCUUGCUACAACACCUGAUUAUAGUCAGUCCAUCAGUGAUGAAGCAGUCACUGAUGACCACUUACUUACAGCUGAUCUUGAAAUGAGAAUAAGUCUUGCCCAUUGUGAAAUAGAAGAACAGUGUAGACGAGCACUUGAGCUUGAAGAUGAGAAGAUGAAAAAGUGGAAAGCUGAGAGGGAAAAACAGAAUGAAGAGGAACAUGCAAGAAGGGUGAAGCAUCUGGAGCAAUUUGAGGCUGAAAAAAUAAAGUUAGAUCUUCUUCAUAAGAAACGCCAGGCUGCAAUAGAAGAUGAGUUACAAAAAGGGGAGGAAGCUUGGAGAGACAAAAUGAGGCGACAUGAGGAAUUGAUCAUGAAGCUACAGUUGCAAAUGGAGGAGGAAAGAAAGGCCUUGGAAGAACAGAAAGCAAAAGAAAGACAACAACUGGCUGAACAACAGAAUAUAGCAGCUGUGAAAAUCCAAGCUAGAUUUAGAGCAUUUUUAGUCCGUAAAAAAUAUGCUCCCAUUUUAAAACAAUGGAAAUAUGAAAUGAGAAAGAAGCAGAAAAUACUAGAGGAAAUAGAGCAAGAAAUGAAAGAAGGAGAGGAAAAACUGAGCAGGGAAAUGCAAGAAAACAGGUUAAAGAGAGAAGAGGAAAGAAAGAGGCAAGAAGCACUUGAAAGAAAACAAUAUUUGAAACAGGUGAGGAGGCGUGAGGAAUAUGAGAAAAAGAAAGAAAGCCUGAGAUUGGAAAGAGAAAAACAAGUGCAAAUAAGAAAAGAAGAACAAAGAAAAUUAGAACAAAAAAGAGCAGAAGUUGUGAUGUGUGAAAAUGUAGAAAAUAACAUAGAAGACAUAAAAAAGGAUAAUAAGACAGAAAAUAUGAAAGUAAUUAGAGAAGAGAAGGAGAAACUAAAUAAACAAGUAGAGGAACCAAAAGAAAAGCAUGCUGAAAUGAUGGAUGAAACAAUUAAUUGGAUGAUUCCAGCAGAAAGAAAUUUGACACCAAGCGUGCUAGGCUAUGAGAAGGAACACCCUUCUCGAGUGAAUAAUGAGAACUUACACAUUAAUUCAGUAACACAAGUAGAAGAAAAUUACUCACAAACAAGUUAUCUUGAUAAAGUUUCAAAUGGCCAUAUUUCAAAGGAUGAAUCUCUUAACUUUGGUGCUAAUGUCAUGGCAGAAAGUAAGGCAAACUGCAUAUGCAGCAGCCCUCCAAAUGUCCAGCCAAAUGCUAAUAACAGAGAAAAUACAGAUAGAUUUUCUCAUGAAACUAUGAAGAAAACUUUAUUUCUGAUGGAAAAUGCUAUUGAAGAAGUCGGAGACACCUGGGACAGUAGUCAAGAUGUGGCAGAUUCUUCUAAUAAAGUAACUUUUCCUGAUGAUAUUGAAAAGAAGAGACUAAACUGGAUGAACAGGUGCAAAUCUUGGUCUAAAAUAUAUGAAGAAAACCAAAGAAAGCAAGCAACUAUAAGAAAACGACUAAGGAAAUGUUCAUUCAGCAAGAUGCCUCCACUAAGUACAGACAAGAUAAUUCAUAGUGGCCCUUGGAGUACUUUGCAACAGGUCACAACACUUACACUCGAAGAUUUGCCAGCUUGUAGCCUCUCAACCUUAUCUGAGUGUUCAAACCUUCAAGUUUUGACUCUGAGGCGCUGUGGACUGGUUGCUCUGGAAGGACUAAGUAGCUGCAAAGACCUGAAGUAUAUCAAUGUGGAGGACAACAACAUUCAGAUAAUUGACUGUGCAAAUCUGGAAAAUCUCUGUAUUCUCAUUCUGAAUAAGAACCGUCUUUCAUCAGUUUGUGGCUUAGAUGGAUGCAAAAACCUCCAAAAUCUUGAACUUUCCUACAAUAAAAUCACUCGAAUUGGUGGUCUGGAGUCACUGAAAAAUCUUCAACAAUUAAUUGUGGACCAUAAUCAGUUGAUCAGCACAAAAGGUCUUUGUGAGGCACCUACUCUCAUUCAUCUAGACUGCUCUUACAAUUACCUUGCACAAGUUGAAGGCAUUGAGAAUUGUGGCCUACUUCAAGUUCUGAAGUUGCAAGGCAAUAAUCUCCAGGAGGUUCCAAGGCUGGAAAAUCAUGUUCUCUUAAGAGAACUAUAUUUGGAUGACAAUAGCAUUUCUUCUAUGAGAAUGCUUUCUUUGUAUUGGUUGCCUCUAUUGCAGAUUCUUUUGCUGUCUCAAAAUAGAUUAACUGACCUUGUGCCUUUAAAUUCAUUUGUAUUUUUGGAAAAGCUAGAUAUCAAAAAUAACUGCUUGUCGGAUCUUAAAGAUGUCCAUACAUGGUUUAGUGGCUGCAAUAAACUAAAGGAGUUGUCAUUGAGUGGGAAUCCUCUUCUCCAAGAAAAGAACUGGAGGUCUUCCAUGUUGGAGGUCCUUCCUAGUUUACAGUUGCUUGAUGGUGAAAUCUUAACCCAUCAUACUUCACCCACAACUGAAAAAGUCAAAGCAUCAGAAUUGGGAGCUUUUCUGGAACUUUGUCAAGCUCAAAUUGAAGAAACUACUCAACUGAAAAAAAAAGCUGCUGUAUUGGAAAUUACUUCUUCUGUUGAUUCUGUGCUGGAACAAUGUUGGUAUUUCAAUCAGUUAAUGAAGCUUAGUAUUAAACAUCGAUAUGUACAUGAGUAUGGUGAACUAAACAUUAAUGACAGAGAUGGACCAGAAGCACUUCAAAAUAAUUUAAAGCAAACAUCCACUGGCUGCCUAGAGGAGAAUAACCUCUUUAUCAUGGGUGUGACAGAAAAUAAACAGGUCUUGUUGGAUCCUUCCAAAAGAUUGAAUACUACUGGUGAUAUUCAGGCCACAUUCAUUAACUCCUCCAUACCUGCGCAUCAGAAGGAAAAUAGAGGAGAUCAGAGAGCGAAGCAGAAGAGCACUGAAUCUUGUAUUAAUUAUAGUAGGGAGAGCAAAGGCAACAAUAACAUGUCAGACCAACUCACAUUGCAACAGUCAGUGAUAGUAGCAAGUGAUAUGGGAAGAAAUCUCCAGCACUUUGGGAAUGGUACAGAGAGCCUACGUAUGGAAGCAUCCUCGAUCCAGUCCUUUUGGCAGCAAUACCAUGCUCAGAGGAAAAAUGAUGACUGCAAUAAAACAGAGAAUCAUCAGUUUGUAGAAGCUUUGAGACAGAAACAUGAAGCUGCCACAGUAAUUCAGGCAUUUUGGAAGGGAUGUCUUUUGCGAAAGAAACUGGCCAGUGCUCUUGCAGAUGUUAAAAGUGAUGAAUUGGAAGAUGAAUAUGAAGAAAUUAAUGUGGAUGCUUUCACAUUUUCUGAAGCUGCAUUAGAGAAGGAAUGGCUAACUCUAGAUUCCACCCGUUUCCCUUCAAAAACACUCCUGCUCUCAAACCAGCUGCACUGGCCAAAGAAGUUUUCUAGGCCUUCAGAUUCCAGUGAACAUUCAAAUAGUUUGCCAUUAGCACCACAAGAAGUUUGGCAGUGUGCUAACAGACCACAGUCAUACUCAGCAGAAAAAUACCAUUUUCAUAGCAGGGCAGGGAAGGAAACAAUGUCACAGCUUUCUAACUGUAAAGAAAAAAAGGAGUUUUUAUUUGUGUCAGAAAAAGAAGAGAAAAUAUCAGAAGAAUGGGGUUUUAAGGAUAUUUCUACUGCACAGUUAAUGCUGAAGAGGGCCCAUAAAAUGCAACCUAAAAAAUACAGUAAUAAAAGUUUAGACCCAGCUGUGCGACUGGCGUUGUUCAAAAACAAUGAAAAUAAACAUCUCUCUGUGAAACCACCAGGGAAGACACAGCCUAUAAGUACUGGAGACUUUGAAGGUAAAAAAAUUUCUCAGCUGGAUGCUACUUUAGAUGAGAAAUUACAGAGAAAAGACUUCACAUACCAAUGGCUUCAUGAACAGCUUUUGGAUUAUGAAGCACCCAGUUCCAGAAAUACAAAGUGCUGUCGUUUUUUGCCUGAGUUAGAUCCUGCGAUAUGCGACAACAGACAAGUACAACUUGUGGCAAGCUCUGUAAGCAGAGAAGACAUGGAUUUAGACCUUGUUUCCAUGGCCAGUGGAAGUGCUUUGACUGAGAACAGAGAAAAAAAUAAGCUGCCACACAGACACUCAGCAAGAUCCUCAAAAAAGAAUAUUUCUACUCCAGAAAAAUCAUGUUUGGGUCCAUCUCAUGCAGAACGGAUAUCAUUUCGAGACCAUCCAGUGCAGCUAAGUGGAGGAUGGGGAGCAGGCAAAAAAAGGCAAAAGCUUAAAAAUAUUAGCUGAAUAUUGGUAAUAACUAGUUGAUUUAAUCAAACACAGUCAGCAUAUGGAGAUCUGUUUCUUUUUAAGCCUUUGAAUAUCAGUUGUUGGAUUUUCAUUUAUUACCAAUAAACCAGUUUCAAUUAACUACUUUUGACUUAUUUUAUUAUACAUGGUUACGGUGGUUGGGGGUUUGUGGGAUUGUCAAAAUAUUUUAUACCUGUCAGUAAGUUAUCAUAGUUUGUGUUUUCAAUUGCUUAUAUGUUCAUGUGGUAUAGAAUGCAGAACUGAUGAACUCUACAAGGUUUGUUGUACAGUGACUAAGUUUAGGCUUGCUUAUAAGAACUGGAUGAGAAGUCCAAGUGUAAUAAAGGUUCAUGUUCAUGUGAUAUAUGUCACAUAUUGAAACACUGGAUUCUCAUUUUCUCACAAAAUAAAAUGCAUGCUUGCAAAGUGUGAGGUAUAACAGGAGGCAAUGCCAUUCUUAGGGAAGCCUGUUCAGAAAAUUUUACUGAACCAGUAUACAAAUGAUGAGCAUGCACUUUCCUUUUACUGGGAAGAUGAGCAGUCCUUCAUCUAGAUCUUUCAUCAUAAGUUAUUGUUAUAAUAUGUUAAAGCAACCUGUUGUUGUUUUAUACUUUCAAAUACUUCUGUUUCGUAGAGGAUUGAUUAAAAAUAAAUGGUUCUCGUUUUAUAUUUGGAUAAUGUAAAAUCAGAUCUAUAUGUUACUGUUAACCCAACUUAAUUUUUUCACAUAGACAGGCUCCUUCAGACCCGUGUGUAAAUGUUUUGUGAUGCAAGGAAAUCUAGAGAAAAAGAAAUACUGUUUCUACUGUUCAUGGGUAUCUAACUCAUUACUUCUAGUCAAUGUUUUGUCCAUCAGCAUACAGGACAGAAAAUGUUCCUUGAUUUCAAAGCCUAACAUUAUUUUCAUAUUUUCCACUCUGAGGGUAUAAGUUGUUAAUUGGAUCUUUUAAAAGGCUGACUUUGGUAUUUCCUUUUCCGAUUCUGUAAGCCACAACCCCCUGUAGAUGGAGAAAGAGGUAGAGAGAGUAAUGGGGCUUGAAACUUCAGUCAGUAAAGAACAUAAAUUCUUGCAUUGUGGCUGGUUUUAAAAUGUACUUAAAUUAACAUGGGAUGUUAUUUUGUAAAGUGUUUUCUAUGCUAACAUACUUUUCUAACUAUGGAUUAAAGACAUUUAUCUUCAUUUUUGUGAAUACUUGCCUUCAUUUUCAGAUAAAAAGAUGGCUGAUCUCAUGGAAAACCUCCAGUAAAUAAUUUUGUUGUUUGAACCACUGUCCCGAUUUUAUUAUCACUUUGCUUUUGAAAAGUCAGUGCACCCUAUUUCAGAAAAGAUUUCUUUGCCUUUCUGAGGAAUUAUGGCCAGGUUGCUUAACCUGACUAUAGAAAUCCUAUGGUUGUCAACAGGAUAUAAAAUGUCAGUAGAUGUUUAUCUCACCUGUUUAAUUUUCCAAAUGUAUGUAGUGUUCAGCUUGAUUUUAGGAUCUGCAAUAUAAUGACUUUUACAUGUCACCAACAAAUACUGGAGCUUUUGCGAUUUUGCUUUUAACAUCAAGGUUAUAAUUUUUUUAGGAAAAACUUUGUCAUUUCAAAAUGUCCGCCCCUACACCUGGCAGACUAUGUAGCCACCAUUACAGGUAUUAACUGGAAAUCAAAAUACAAAAUCAAGAGCUUCAUAGCUUAACACUUCUUACAGAUUGUCCCCUCUAUUUGUCUAGAGUAUCCAUAAUAUAUGCACAUCACCAAAGCUGUAAAUAAGGGAUAUUUCAUAUUUUAUGCUUCUUUCUAUAUCUCUGUCAUCUAUAUCUGUAUCUACAUCUAUAUCCAAAAAG